GCUUGCUAGCUAGAUAGCCGAAGGACAGUGUGUGCGUCUGUCGGUGUUGGAGGUCUCACUUUGUCGUGUUGUAAACAGUGUUUUCCUUGUUUAUCUUUUAUUCUAUAGCAAGUGAAACCACCACACGUUCUUUUUAACACCUGCUUUUACGAGAGCGGCCAACAGAGGAAACGUAAGGCGUUUUUCCUCAGGCGGGAAUCGGUGAAUUGACCCUCGAAAUGGAUAUUAGCUAGCUAGCUUGUUCGCUAACUUCUGAAAAGCGACUCGCUAGCCUAAAAGGACCACGGGUUUCGAGUCUCCUUGUGCGCUUAGAUUUUAUCAAGUUAUCAUUUGUAAAACUAUCCUUUGUUUUCAUACGCAUCGAGUUUUUUUUUUAAUUCUUUGGCUGAUAUUGACCUGUAGGGUACAACUUAACUUAAGACAAGCCCACCGCGUAGAGAAGAGGUAAGAGGUGUCUCCUUGUCUCCUCUAGCCAUUCACAAUGAUGUCGAACCCGCCGGUAUUCCCGAACCCACAACAACAGCAGGGUCUACAACAGAACAUGCAGUUUCAUGUCAAGCCCACCCUUCAGAUCAAGAAAAAUGCCAUUACGGAUGACUACAAGGUCACAAGCUCGGUACUCGGACAGGGCAUUAAUGGCAGGGUCAUAGAAAUAUUCCAGAAGAAAACGGCAGAGAAAUUCGCACUCAAGAUGCUGCAGGACUGCACCAAAGCCAGGAGAGAGGUGGAGCUCCACUGGCGAGCAUCGCCGUGCUCACACAUCGUCCGCAUCGUGGACGUCUACGAGAACCUCUACCAGGGGAAGAAAUGUCUGCUCAUCGUCAUGGAGUGCAUGGACGGAGGAGAGCUGUUCAGUCGGAUUCAGGACCGUGGGGACCACGCUUUCACAGAGAGAGAGGCCUCUGACAUUAUGAUGAGUAUCGGGGAGGCGAUACAGUUCCUUCAUGCCAUUAACAUUGCACACAGAGACGUAAAGCCCGAGAACCUCCUGUAUUCCACCAAAAGGCCCAACAACGCCACUCUGAAGCUGACUGACUUUGGCUUCGCCAAGGAGACGACGAUGCACAACUCCCUCGCCACGCCCUGCUACACUCCCUACUAUGUUGCCCCAGAGGUCCUUGGUCCAGAGAAGUAUGACAAGUCCUGUGAUAUGUGGUCGCUCGGGGUCAUCAUGUACAUCUUGCUUUGUGGUUACCCUCCAUUUUACUCCAACCACGGACUGGCCAUCUCUCCCGGCAUGAAGAGACGUAUCCGCAUGGGCCAGUACGAGUUCCCCAACCCAGAAUGGUCAGACGUGUCCGAGGAAGCCAAAGACCUCAUCAGAACCCUCUUGAAGACAGAGCCCACCGAGAGGAUGACCAUCACAGAGUUCAUGAAUCACCCCUGGAUCAACCAGACAAUAGAAGUGCCUAUGACUCCCCUCCACACCAGCAGAGUCCUCAAGGAAGAACAGGACGCCUGGGAGGAGGUCAAGGAGGAGAUGACGAGUGCCUUGGCCACUAUGCGUGUGGACUACGACCAGAUCAAGAUCAAGACCAUCAAGGACUCCACAAACCCCCUGCUGAUGAAGAGGAGGAAGAAGAUUACCACAGCACAGAAUACAGACCCGGACACACAGAACCCUGAUCUCUGAAGAGGGGACACACUCACCUGCAGUCAGUCAAACUGAAACACACUCAUGCUCUAACAAAGAGGACAUGCAUGUACACACACACACACACACACACACACACACACACACACAUACACACAUACACACAUACAUACACGCGCACACUCACAUUCACACACUUACCUGUGUUCAAUAGAAGGAGAAUAUGUAUACACACACACAAUGCAUACGUACAUGGAAAUCGUUUGAAAGAAAGAAAGAAAAGGAAGCAAUAAUGCAACUACAUCCUGGGAAAUAGACGGCAUGAAUUUUAUGAAAUUGCCAGGAUUUGAAGGUUUUCCCUACAAAUGUUUUUUUUCCCCCCUUUUCUUUUUUAAAAUAAUUUCUUUUUAUUACUCCGCUGUUUUAAAGAAUCAUCCACUGUGGCAUUCUGGGAAUGCUUGAGGGUUCUCUCCCUGCGUUCUGCUGAUUUCUGGGGAAGGCGAAGGAUCCAGAAUUACGGAGAAACCGAUGCAACAGAAUUAAUUUGAUGUGUGUACGCGUGUUUAGAGUCCUGUUUACCACACGCUUAUUCGCUUUGUUUAUUCAUUUUGUUAGCAAUCCGGCCAGCCAGCCAAAGAGGGGGCACAACAGUUUAGAGUCUCUUUCUGUUCUUUGUCUCUCUCUCUCUCUCUCUCUCUUUCUUUCUUUCUUUCUUUCUUUCUUUCUUUCUUUCUUUCUCUCUCUUUUUUCCCUCUCUUUCCUUUUCUACUCGCAUGCAAAGCCAUACAGUAGGUCCAUCAAUUGUUGCCGAGCACACUUGUGAUAUGAGUAGCCUGUUCUCUUUUUCUGGUUCUGGGUUGAAGAUUUUUCAUGGUGGCCCUGUUAGCAUUGGGUGGGGACGGGGGGUUGUCUGCUCGUGAUGAUGCAUUAAGCCUAGACCCCCUUAGAUCUGACCCCCCUCAUUAAAGUACAUUGUGAGUUUUCUGUCCAUGCACCUGGUUGUUCUUCGUGGGGUGGGAUGGGUCAAAUAUAUGAGAUUGCUACUGUCACUAACUUACAGAUCUAGCAAAAUGUUUAUUGAUUACGACUCAUGGAAUGUAGAUUCAUUCACUGAUUUUCUGAAGCCCUAAUGUGACCCCUUACAUAUACACAUACACACACACACACACACACACACACACACACACACACACACACACACACACACACACACACACCACACACACACCUCCACCUCUUGUCCUUUUCUUUUUUUUUCGGGGGUGUGUGCUACUCACCCACGGCUUGGGGUAGAGAGGGUAGUGGAUGUCAGUGGCCUUUGCAUCCUCAGUGACUUCACGCCUGCUGUGGGUGGUGGUGGGGGUCCGUAGCAAUGCUCCUCGGGGCCGGAUUCUGGUUGGUUUGAGGCGUUGGCUCCCUCCUGCUUGCUCUAUCAGAGGGUCCUGAAGGGUCACCACCCACCUCAUUAAAUCAGUAGAUGUCUGGCUGAUGGGGGUCACCACCCACCCCAUUAAAUCAGUAGAUGUCUGGCCUGGAUCCAGCACGCUUCCAGGUUACAACCGCUUCGUAGUUUGAUGCCUUCUGGGCCACCGUAGUCUUAGUUAAUAAUGGAAUGCUUUGGAGUAGUGCCCUGUAGUUUCAGAUUCCCCACCCCCUCCAGCCUCCUGACGGCCAUUCUUAAGUCGUGACUAUAUUUUACUACAUAUAGAGAUGUUUAUCUUUUAUACCCCAAGUUCUCAUUGUGUCGCUCUGCGUGUCCGGCGGCAGUGCUAUGCAUAUGUGAUUUUUCUUCACCGGUCAUUUUAGAUGUGUCUGUUUGCUGUGUGUCAAAAUGUUGACAGAUUAAUUGAAAAGGGAUGAGAAGUACUGUUGAAGUUCAGACUGUGUUGACAUCUGUUAUUCAUAUCAACAGAGUUAUAUCCAGUGUUUCUAGUGCGUCUAGGUCGCUCCAGUUUUAUCUGGACACUACCUGUAUUUUUUUUUCUCUCUCUCUGAGAUGUUCGAAAUUAGAAUGCAUUUCUUUUUUUUCCAUGCAGUUAAAGCAGUGGCUGUGUCCGAAUGUGUGUCGCAUGUCUCCAGUCCUGUAAAAUGGAGAGUCAAGGUUUUCUUUUAUUUUGUUUUUUAUUUUUUUUAUUUUUCCUUUGUGUCCAACUGCUGUACGUCUGUAUGUAUGUAUGUAUGUCUCAGUCUGCUUCAACUUUGGAUUAAAACACAAAAAGAGAAAAAA